AUGACGCACCCACACGUUGGCGGCCUGGACAAGAAAUCCACCUACCUACCCACACACCCUGCUUGUCGCAUGCAUGCCCUUCGGUUGGUCUCAAGCCGGCUGAAACAGCUGGCCUAUGGGCCAGACGUUGCUUUGUUCACGAUUUGGGCCAAUGGGCACAGAGAUAGACCAGCAAGGCGAUGCAACGGCUAG